AUGGAGGGCGACGCACCGGCCGGGCCCCGGGGCUGCGGCCCCGCGGCCGAGGGAGCGGAGCAGGGGGGUGGCAGUGGGGCGGCCGGGGGGCUGCCCGGCCCCGGGCCCCGCUGCGACCCCCCCGCCGGCCGCGGGGACGGGCCCACGGUGGUGGUGGCGGUCACCAAUGCGGCCUUCGAGGGGGACCCGCCGCCCUACUCGCCCCCGGACCCCAAGAGCGUUCACCUGCUCUACCCGCCCUUCCCGGCCGGCUUCUCCCAGCAAGUGCCCGUCCUCUACCAGCCGGGGCCGGGGCCCGUCCCGCCCCAGGGCAUCCCGCCUGCACCCCUGCCCUACGGCACCUACAACGGGCAGCCGAGCACAGGGCCAUCGCCCGCCGGCCGCGGGCAGCACCUGCCCAAGGACUACAUGGUAGAGUCGGUGCUGGUGACCGUCUUCUGCUGCCUGCUGACCGGGGUCAUCGCCCUCGUCUACUCCCACGAGACCCGGGCUGCGCUCGGCCGCGGGGACAUGGCCCAGGCAAACGUGGCGUCCAAAAAGGCCCAGUCGCUGGUCCUCUUCAGCCUCCUCUUCGGGUUGUUCGCCUCCAUCAGCUGGGUCAUCUACGUCCUGGUUGCCCUGUACCUAUGA